UCUGAAGAUGAAAGUGAAACAAUGGGCCGUUUUCUUUGCAUUGCUUUUGAGUUUUGAAUAUAUUGAGAUGUCUCUAGCUUUUGUAGCAAGUAAUUCAACUCGGGAUAAUGAAUUGGUCCACUACAGACACAAGCGCAAAGGAAACUGUCAGCCGACAGAAGAACUGAUUAAGGUCAUUGGUGAUUGUUUGAGCGAUGUCGCUGAAAAGCUCGACGAUUCGUUCGACUUGUCUGAUGAAACUGUUGACAGUCUACAAUUGACCAGUGGCUCUGCAGCAGGAUUUAAUAACUUCAAACUAGAAGGAACUCCGAAAUGCACAUGCGAGAAAAACUCUGUGAUUAUCAGAUUAGAAAUAAACUUCCUGAGAAUCACAAUUACAUACACGCUGUCACUCCUUGAAGGUCUUUUAGGCGGCCUCCUUGGAAAUCUUGGAACUAGUCUUACAAGACUCUUGGGGGAUGUUGUAAAUCUAGUCUUAAACAUUCUCGCAUUAAAUGUUAGGGUGUUAAUACAAUUGCGGCAAGUAUUUUUGCCUGGAACAACCUGCGAGGUAAUCGGCUUUGAAGUGGUAAAAGUAACCAAACUUGAACUCCUGGGCUUGGAUUUAACUUUUGUUGCCAACUUACUGCAAGGAAUUCUAACGCCAGUUUUAACUCUGGUCCUGCGACUAGUCUUGACAGGUCCUAUACAGGCUAUCUUUGUGGAAGAGAUACAAAAGAUCAUCAUAACUAAGAGCAUGAUUCGCUGUUCUUAAGGAAAUGUUUAGUUAUCCAUUGUAUUUUAAAUUACAUUUUAUUGAAUAUACAGCAUCAAU